AUGAUUGAAAUACGUCGUUUGGCUACAAUUCUGUUGGGUCUGGCUGUCACACUUGUGAUUAUCGGUUUAGCAACUUCCUCGUGGUCUUGUGGAGGACUUUUUGAUAAUUGUCAACGUGGUUAUCACAAAGAUGCUGCGAUUGCUGUCCUCAUCUUGCUCCUCAUCGGUGUGGUCUGUUUGGCGAUUGUGUUCAUUUUGGACUUGGUCGGUCUGUGCUCGGACGUGUUUGUGGUGAGUGCCGGCUACAUCACAACACGUUUCAUCUUCCUGUAUCUGGGCAGCACAGUACUGCUAAUUGGUAUUUUGGUGUUCACCGGCAGCAUUGGUCACGCAUGGUCGUAUUUCCUGGCAACUGUUGGGUGUGUGUUCGCCAUGCAAGUGGCCAUCCUGGCGAUCAUGUCAUCACGCUGUGUAACAACCACAACCACACAACGAGUGGUGGUAAGAACCACGUAA